AUGCGAUGCGCGAGCAAGGCCGCCGAGAGCGCGCCCGCACGUCUCUGUGCGGACGCCGAAGCAGAAACCACAGCAACUGAUGUCUCAUCGGUUGCUGAAGCGACCCAGCCUGUGUCACUUGGUGAUGCAGGCGCUGGUCAUGAAGACACUCAUGUCUUCACAGAGUAUGAGCUCGGUGUCUCAUACUCUCCUGAUGCGGAAGACGGAUCCGUAUCGACGGCGAUCGAAUCCACGCCGCCUGCCAAGCGUGGCAUGGAUGAUGCUUUGCGUCGCAGCAUCUUUGGUUCAUCUAAUGAAUCAGAUGAACUAUCGCCGAAGCGAAGGCUCUAG